AUGAACGACAAGGACCCGCCGCCAUUUGGCUACACCUUUUCCAAUGACUUCUUCGAAAGCAUUCCCUCGGCCUGCGACAACAAUGGCCAGUCCAUCCUCAGCGACAUGGAGAACCAGCACCUCGACAAUUUCUUCUCGUCGACCAAUCCCUUUGACCUCCUCGAUUCGCAACCCCUCCCGCCAGCCCUGGAGUCAAAGGCAAGCGCGCAUGACUACAACAACUGGGAGGACUUUAUAGCCCCUCCCACCGUCCACCGCGUCACCAGUACAAUACCAGACCAGGCGCGCUUACAAAACAACUUCCACCACGACCCGCACUAUGCGCCGUCUCUACACUCCAACUUUCUAGCAAAUACAGAGGAUGAACUGCAGGCAGCCGCGACGCUGUUCAAUCAGGCACAGCCCUCGUACAUCAACGGCCGAUCACAUAGCAUGCAUGAGCAGCCACAUGCAAGUACAAACUUUGCCGUAAAUUGCACUUCCGAUUUUAGUCACACUGGACUGUCCAUGACUAUACCCCCGCACAGUCUCAUGAAUGAACGCCUGGGUGUCCUGACUCCGAGCCAUAAUGGCCAGGGCAUGGAUCCACAAUUUCCACCGCAGUGGUCGACAAGCAAAGCGCCGCAGCAACAGCAAGCAGACUUUGGGCCGCCGCUACAAAAGCUAGAUCUGAAGAGAUCAUAUACUUUUGGCACAGACAACUCAUUCAAUAGUCCAUCCGGCUUCUCCGGACUUAACGGCCGCCCGAGCUCACAGGUUGCGGCACGGUCUUCAAUAAACGACGUGGAAGAGACGCACCAACACUUGCUGCGCGCAGUAGCAGGUAUCGUUGAAGCUCCAAGUACCAGCCCUACCACAUAUACCCAUACAGCCUCUUCACUUGCCCCUGGACCGCGCGACGACGACGAUCAGUCUGAAGAAGAUGUCUCCAACGACGAGCACGAUGAUCGGCCGGCAAAGAAGCGGAAAAAGAGUCUAGCCAAGGGCGGCAAAGACACUCCGAAAAAGGCUGCGCGCAGCAGCAAAGCCCGCAAAGCGGUCGUGGCUGAAGAAAGCGCCAAGAAGAAGCGGACGCCGGCUGCAGCACAAAAGACACACCGCGAGAACCUGACGGAAGAACAGAAGCGUAACAACCACAUCUUAUCUGAGCAGAAGCGUCGGGAUUUAAUCAAGCAGGGCUACAAAGAUUUGAACGAAGUCGUGCCUGCCGUCCGCGGCGGUGGUCUCAGCAAGAGUCAAGUCCUAGUCGAGGCUGCGAAUUUCCUAGAGAAACUCAUCGAAGAUAACGAAACCUACCGGCGAUCAGCUGGGUGA